AUGGACGUGGUUGAGGGGUGCGUUGAUAUUAUCAAUCGUGCGCAAUUCCCAGAUGCAGACGUCUGGAUCGCAGCUCUCCAACAAGGCGUGUCAGAAGCGUUCAUUUCGAUAUUUAUCUCCCAGCUCUCGAUGUUGAAUUGUCUCCGCUUGGACUAUGAGUUUUUGAAAUCUGGAUACGCGGACAAGAUGGUGAAGCAUGCGCUUCUCUCAUUCUCAUCUUUUCUCCAAGGGGUGCUUUCGAUAUUUUCCCGACUCCAGAAAGUCGACUACGGUAGACAUAACCACGACAGCCCUUCUUAUAUCCACAAAUGGCUAUUUAAUGACCUCCGGGGCUACGACAAAAACAAGUUCAUCGCUUGGCUUUGUCUCCCCUCUCUUCAGCGUUUCGACACACAUUAUCUGGUUCUUACGGGAGUUACAGGGCUCGAAAGAAGGCAACGCGAGGAAGACAUAAAACUGAAUCUCUGCGGCUUGCAGACACUCUUCCUAACGCGUUCGAAGAUUCCAGAGCAGGAUAUCUUUUUCUUACUGUCCCAGACGCCCUCCUUGAAGAACCUCCAUCUGGGACCGAUAUACGAAAGGCACGAUCAGCCGGCGUUGGAGUUGGUUAGCGAUACUGUUGAGAAUCUUUCCAUUGGGGUGGAAUACUACUCAUGCUGUGGCGAGUGUGAGGAGGUUGAGGACGAUAAACUCAGAGAAGAGGGAUUAGAGUCAUGGGAACCCUUUCGCGGAAUUCUGAAAAGGUUUACCAACCUUCAAAACCUUGAAAUACCAAUCUAUGUCAUCUUUGGAACUGUAACUACAGCUGCAGCUGACUUUGAUUUGGUCGCCGCAUUACCUGAGACACUGCGUAAGUUGUGCUUGAGGAAUGACCCGUGCCAGCUGCAAGAUUGUGAGAUGAAAACAGGCUCUUAUAUCCUGGACUGCGUGCAUGCAUUUCUCACCAGCAGGAAUUGGAAAUCUGCAACGCCAUUCCUCCGAAACAUCUGCAUCCGGUUAUGUCCUUAUGCGAUCUUUAAGAUUAGCGAUCCCGAUGAUCCUGAGAGCCUUGCGAAUAGCGAAAAGCAGUUGUCAGAUGUUUGUGAAAGAGAGGGGAUUGAGAUGGAAGUUUAUAAGCAUGAAUAUUCCGUUCCAAUUGGUGAUUGGAUCCCGGCUGGGGGCUGCUGUUAUGCUUGA